AUGCGAAUCCAGUAUCAGGAUCUAGGCGACAGCGAAAACACCGAGGAGAGUUUUGUUCUUACCACCAGAGCUGAUCAAGCCAGGCGACGAGCCACAAGCCAGGCGACGAGCCACAAGCCAGACGACGAGCCACAAGCCAGGCCACGAGCCACAAGCCAGGCGACGAGCCACAAGCCAGACGACGAGCCACAAGCCAGGCGACGAGCCACAAGCCAGGCGACGAGCCACAAGCCAGGCCACGAGCCACAAGCCAGGCGACGAGCCACAAGCCAGGCCACGAGCCACAAGCCAGGCGACGAGCCACAAGCCAGGCGACGAGCCACAAGCCAGGCCACGAGCCACAAGCCAGGCGACGAGCCACAAGCCAGGCGACGAGCCACAAGCCAGGCGACCAGCCACAAGCCAGGCGACGAGCCACAAGCCAGGCGACGAGCCACAAGCCAGGCGACGAGCCACAAGCCAGGCGACGAGCCACAAGCCAGGCCACGAGCCACAAGCCAGGCGACGAGCCACAAGCCAGGCGACGAGCCACAAGCCAGGCGACGAGCCACAAGCCAGGCGACGAGCCACAAGCCAGGCCACGAGCCACAAGCCAGGCGACGAGCCACAAGCCAGGCCACGAGCCACAAGCCAGGCGACGAGCCACGAUGGAACCAUGAAUGG